CCAAUCACCAGUGAGAUUGGCUAAUUGAGCUUUAACUUAUUUUGGUGUUCAAUUUUUUUGGAUUUUUUUUAGAUCUUGAUCUUGCAGUUUGUGAGAGGAUAAGCGGAGAUCGAUAGCGAAAGACGGGUUCAGUGAUUUGAAGCAUCUGUGCAAAUAUUAUUUAUUUCGUAAUCAUAUGAAAUGGAGUUAAUAGCGAAAGACGGGUUUGUGAGAGGAUAAGCAGAGAUCGAUAGCGUAGAACAAACAAGCUCGUGUAGUGACGGAAUCAGAACAUAAUAAAGUUUUGUUCUCUACCGACUACAACUAGCUAAGGGUCAAUUAAACACAUGUUUUUCAAUGAAAAACUCGGAUUUUAUAUAAAAACGAAAUGGAUGAGGGGUCGACAAUCUCCUUGAGCCCCUUAGUUCCAGCCCUGCUCGUUCAUCGUCAACGCCUGGAAAACCGAGGAGUUUUGGUGUACUUGUUCACGUUUUUCUUAUGGCAGGUGAGAACUUCCUUUAUUUAAGCGUUACUCCAUUGCUAUUUUCGUCGUAAAUUUUGCAUAACUUGUGCUGCAUUCUAUGCUUCGUGCUUCACAAUGUAGGUACACGCUAUUAUAAAACAAUUUUAUUUUGUUCUUGAUCCAUCUGUCAACCCAGUUGUUUAUUGUUCAGAUUUGAAUACUCCAAUAGAGGUAUAGAACCUUGAAUCUGAUUCCCAUUUGUUCUUAAACUAUUACUUAAAAUAAUCAAAAUCAAAUCUCGAAACUCAGUCCCAAAUCCAAUAAUUAAAAGAUUCUUAUCUGAAAAUAUACGAAAAGUUUAUAAUUAUUUUAAAUUCGUUAACUUUAUCUAACAAUGAAGCUACUCGUUUUCUAGCUAAUCAUUUAACCCCAAAUCAAGUAGUAGAACUAAAGUUUUCAUGAUUACCGGCAUGGGAAUCAUAUGAUUAUCGCAUUCGUUUGUAUGAUCGACGGAUGACGAAGAUGAAGUUAAGUAUAUUACGAGGAAUUCCCAGGUUUGUUUUCGUAUUGGGUGUUCUUUCACUUCUUUGUAUCGUUUAUUUCAAGUUCUACUCGUUGAAGCCUUUUCUUAUUUCGGAUACGAAAUGCAUCUAUGCUGCUAAUCCGCACGUUAACGAUCAUCUUCAAACCCAUAUAUUAGAAAUCGUUAUCAAGAAGAUAGAACACGAGCUAACCGAUAUUAGAGACUCCCACAAAGAUUCACCCGAGUCAUUGAGAUACGGUUCGUUUCUUGCAGACAUUGUAGGUCUAAUCGAGUCUGCAAAGUCUGGUGGUCCGGAAACCGAGGUUGUAACAGGGUUAAACCGGUCACAACCGGUUCAUAUCUCACCGGAUUUCUUUUUAACCGAAGAAAUCCGGAAAUAUGUUCGGGUAAAACCGAACAGAUUAGGAAAGCAAAACUUCAUGGGAGCGAACGGGACGUUUACAAGCAUAGGACACGCUUGUUUUUCAAUGAAAAAAGAACUCGAAGAGUAUAUGAAUUAUGAUGUGGGUGAUAUAUGCAAUGACGAUUGGAAACUGGCUCAACGGUUAAUGGUUCACGGGUGUGACCCGUUACCAAGAAGAAGAUGCUUUGCACGGGCCCCACAGUUUUACACGAAACCUUUCUCGUUCCCCGAGUCAAUGUGGAGCCUUCCCGAUGAUAAAAACGUGCGGUGGAGUCAAUACAGAUGCAAAAACUUCGCGUGUCUUGCUAACAACAAGACAGGUAAAGGUUUUUUCAAGUGUUCAGAUUGUUUCAAUCUGACUCAUCAUGAAAACCCGAGAUGGGUCAUACCCGUUUACCCGGACCCAUUUUCAAACUCGACUCCUGAUUUCCGAAUCACCGACAUUCUUGAUUUGAAGCCCGGUGAGAUACGUAUCGGGCUGGAUUUUAGCGUCGGGACGGGUACAUUUGCUGCCAGGAUGAGGGAACACAACGUGACGAUUGUAUCCGCUACUAUUAAUCUUGGCGCCCCAUUUAGUGAAAUGAUCGCGCUUCGGGGGCUUGUACCCAUUUACAUGACGAUAAAUCAACGGUUACCGUUUUUCGAUAACACGUUGGAUUUGAUCCACACGACGCGGUUUCUGGACGGGUGGAUCGAUUAUGUGUUGUUGGAUUAUAUACUUUAUGAUUGGGAUAGAGUACUUAGGCCAGGAGGGUUGUUAUGGAUUGACAGUUUUUUCUGUUUAAAAGAGGAUUUAGAGGGAUAUUUGGAGGGGUUUAACAUGUUAAGGUACAAAAAGCACAAAUGGGUUGUUGUACCAAAGGUUGAUAAAGAUGAUGACAGAGAGGUUUUCUUUUCUGCUGUUUUGGAGAAGCCUCCUAGGCCCUUCUAGUCACAAUGUACAAGUCUUGAUGCAUAAUGUAUAAGUAGCCAUACAAGUUGUAAUAUUAGUGUUAUUUUGAACUAUCAACAAUUCAAUGUAUAAUAAUUUUUUUUUCAGGCACCAA